AUUGUGUAGGGCCUGACUUUGAAAAGUCUUGGUCUUGUAUACAGAUGGCCCCCGCAAAGAAAGGUGGUGAAAAGAAGAAAGGGCGAUCUGCCAUCAAUGAGGUGGUCACUCGGGAAUACACUAUCAACAUUCACAAGCGGAUCCAUGGCGUGGGCUUCAAGAAGCGGGCUCCGCGGGCCCUCAAGGAAAUCCGUAAAUUUGCCAUGAAGGAGAUGGGGACACCUGAUGUACGCAUUGAUACCCGCUUGAACAAGGCAGUCUGGGCAAAAGGAAUAAGGAAUGUUCCUUACCGCAUCCGUGUGCGUUUAUCCAGAAAACGCAACGAAGAUGAAGAUUCACCCAAUAAAUUGUACACUCUGGUGACUUAUGUGCCAGUUACCACUUUCAAAAGUCUACAGACUGUCAAUGUGGAUGAAAACUAAUCUUUCAUUACAAUAAAGUUAUAAAAA